UCUUCAAGAUGCACAAGUUGUUCGUGCUUCUCGCCCUCGUCGCCCUAGUGGCUGGUAAGUUUUUGAACAUUUCCGCGAGAAUGGUACAUUGUCGGCUAUAAAUGUUAAGAUCACUCGCCUUAAACGAAUACUUAAAAAUGUUACUGUCACAUCUCACGUAAUAAUCUUAGGAAGUUAGUAACAUCAGCGAACAGCACUAAAACGAUAAGAGCUUCUACCUUCGUAAACUUUUUAAACGCGAGAUUAUCUUGCAAAUAACGCAAGGAAGAAUAUUUUCAAACAAAACUCGCGCGUCUAUCUUUCAGGAACGCCCAUAAACCAGACAGUGGAUGACCUGAUCCGAAUGGAAGGUCGCAUCGUAGGUGGUGAAGAAACCACCAUCAAAGUAAUACCGUAUCAAGUGAGCUUGCGAAUCAAUGGUCACCACACCUGCGGAGGUAGCAUAAUCUCUAAGGACUGGAUCUUAACUGCCGCACACUGUGCCGGAGGCGCUGCCAAAAACUACCAAGUGCACGCAGGCUCUACCUACGUCGACAACGGCGGUUCGCUGCACCGAGUUCAAAAAAUAAUCACGCACGAAUCCUAUGGAGCUAACCACAAAGGUAUCCCGGUGAACGACAUCUCUCUGUUUCAUCUGGCGGAACCGUUGCAUCUCGACGACACGAGGAAAGCAGUGGCACUGAAUCAAGCAGCUGCUUCAUCGCUCGUUGGCAAAUACGGAUUGAUCACCGGUUGGGGUGCCACCAGAGAAUCGAGUUCGAAUCUGCCUCGAGUCCUUCGCAAGGUUUCGGUUCCCAUAGUCUCGAUCAAAUCGUGCAGGGAUGCUUACCGGAGCCUCGGUCAGAUUCCUGACGGGCAAAUUUGCGCCGGAAUUGAGAAGGGUGGCAAAGACUCCUGCCAAGGUGACUCUGGUGGUCCGUUCGUUGUCAAUGGCAAACUCGUGGGCAUCGUUUCCUGGGGGAAGGGAUGCGCAACUCCACAUUAUCCAGGUGUUUACACCGAGGUCAGCCACUAUCGUGAAUGGAUCAAACGUCACAGCGGUGUUUAAUUUCGCGAGUGACGCUUUCUCGACUCGAUUCCUAUACUCGACGCAACGACACAACGACACAACGACACAAUGGUUCGAUUGACAGUCUGAUCAUGUCUCUCUGUAAAAUUCUACAUGCUAAUUUAAAGAUAAAUGGGAACAGGCUCACGCAAAACCUGCCACCUCUGAUCUCCUCGAAUUUUUCUUUAAUCGAUGCAACGUCAGCAUUAACCGUGUGUAUAGCGACUGUAAAAUAAAACGUUUUGUUACAGUCGCUUUGUUUACUAAAACUUGGUCCACUUUUGUUCUCGCGAAGUUGAUGAAACGUUUGACCAUUUGCGGGACUUUUUAAAAUUUCCUUCCUCUCUCGCAAAGUAGCAAAUGAAAGUUGUCUCGCUUGCUCUCGGCAACUAACGGCAAUAAAAUCGAGUGAGUUACGGUCAAUCGGCGGUGACGGCGAAGCUAAGGAUAAUACAUCGAUUUAUUUGCACGGGAAGCUCUCGAAUCUAAAAGCUUCGAAGUAUUUCUCUGUAUCUAUCCCUUCGCGGGAAUCAUGGAGGCUAAUACUCCUGGGCCAAAGUGGGAACUAAAAGCGGUGGUAAAUGGGGUCGGUCAGCCUUCGAUACCGUUAUACGCAGCAGCCUUCUCCCUCCCUCUGACGUCACAGGGUAGACAGAGACUCGAGCUCGCUACCAUCCCCCAUUGGCUUUCAUUUCGGGUCAACCGAGGUCACGCCGUAAUACCGUGUUCGACUUUACUUUCUUUCCCUCUUCUCUCACCCUCGAAGAACAAUCUUUCCUUUCUAUCGUCUCCCUUUGGACCCGAUUCCUCCACUGUUCUGUUCGCAAUCUCGCGUACAGGUAAUUAUGGUUACAAUCGAUCACGAUUCUAAAUGAAAGAAAAAAAAAAAAGCAAAGAUAAAGUGUCGAAGAGUUUGAAAAAAAUCUAGAGAAUUCGUCUGGUAUGCGAGAAUUCUUGGCUGAAUUCCGAGCUGGGCGGCCGCGAAUGAUCGAUAGAAGGUUACUCUGCGCGUGAAAAUAAAUCAAAGGAGUACAUUUGAUUGGAAUUUCUUAGAAACGCGUCGUUUCUGUUGAACAAUUAAAUGUAAUGUUUUAUGAAGUUGUUCCAGAGGGAAAAACUUUAUUUCUCGCUGUUAUUUAGCAAAUUUCCCAUUCCACCGAUGACGAAAAGAACGAGAAGUAAGAAAAAUGUUUCGUUCAAUUUACCCUCUUCGAUUCCGUGUAUUUACACCGGAAAUGUGUCCGUGACAAUCGCGCUAUCACGCGUACAUUCCUAAUUUUGAUGUAAUUUUGAUGUAUCGAGUUUCGUCUGGCUGUAGAAAAUUUUAGCCUAAUUUCAUUCGCGUCUCGGUUGCGAACGAGCGCGCGUUCGACAAGCGGAAACGGGAUGCAACUCUGUCUUUGAUAGGCCGGAAACUCGGUAGAAUGGCCAGAAACUCGUCACUGGCAAGCCUCUGACAGCUUUCGAUAAAACUUCCCUCCAGAAUCGGGGCGAACGCUACGGGAGAACUGCCGUGCUUUUACCCCCCGUUGAUUGUUGCUCCAGCGUGUUAUUCUAUACAAGCUCUGCUAACGGCGGCGGGCUUAACUUUUAAACGGGCAGCUUUAAAAAACCGAUACAAACUUCCCCGUUAAUCCUGCGGAAAUUCUAUUCAUCCUGUCGUUUCGCGUGUCGCUGUAAUACGCGUAAUAGCCAUGAAAAGAGGCGAUACGCUUGUCAGAAAACGCCGACUCGGGUCAUUCUCCUUCUUCGUAGGAAUGACACAUAUAUUACACGCAUACAGGGUGUCCCGUUUUAAUUCAUCUCCACGUAAUUAAUAAACUGUUUCAUUCGUUCGAGAAAGAAAAACGUUUGAAAUAACAAUCGAACUUGUCUAAUUGUGAGUUAGGUAAUCUCGAGAUCCCCGCUUCUCUAAAUGGAAACAUAUGUUUCCUUUUCUUUGCAGUUCGACUUUCUAUGGAAAAGUAUUUGAAAUUUAAUUUUAUAAAACUUGUUGCAUAAGGAGCAAGAAUAAUGUGAACACAAAUGUAUCGUCCCUUAUAUUACAAACGUUAAUAUGUUAACAAAGUUACGAAUGGUAA